GGCGAGUUGUUCCGCUAAUAUACACUGGGAGCCGGGUGAUAAUCCCCGCUUGUGCGAUACUGGUAACAGCGGCCCAAACAUGGUCACAGACGGGAAAGCCAUGCAGAUAAAAGAGGCGUUUGAUUUGUCUCAGAAGGCGCACCAGAACCAUGCCAAGCUGGUCUCCUCACUGCGAGCAGCCUAUAAUAAGAUGGAAGACAAAUCCAUUUUCUUGGAAGAGUUUGUUCACUUCCUCAAGUACCCUCUCAUAGUGUACCGGAGAGAGCCCGCUGUGGAGAGAGUCAUGGACUUUGUGGCCAAGUUUGUCACCUCUUUCCACAAUUCUGAUGGUGAAGAUGAGGAUGAAGUGGAUGAAGAAAACUCGCCUGUUAAUUAUUUGUUUAAUUUUCUACUGCAGUCCCAUGGUGCCAACAGUAUGGCUGUGAGGUUUAGAGUUUGCCAGCUAAUUAAUAAACUACUGGUGAACCUUCCAGAAAAUGCCCAAAUUGACGAUGACUUAUUUGAUAAGAUCCAUGAUGCCAUGCUAAUACGUCUGAAAGACAGAGUGCCAAACGUGCGCAUACAGGCAGUUCUGGCAUUAGCCCGGCUUCAGGACCCCAGUGACCCAGACUGCCCAGUUUGUAAUGCGUAUAUGCACUUGCUGGAGAAUGAUUCCAACCCAGAGGUACGGAGAGCGGUGCUAACCUGCAUUGCCCCUUCAGCAAGAUCCCUGCCAAAAAUUGUCGGUCGCACAAUGGAUGUGAAGGAGCCUGUUAGGAAGCUGGCGUUUCAGGUUUUAUCGGAAAAGGUUCACAUCAGGGCCUUAACCAUUGCCCAGAGAGUCAAACUUCUGCAGCAAGGGCUGAAUGACAGAUCAGCUGCAGUGAAAGACGUUAUGCAGAAGAAGCUUAUUCAGGCUUGGCUCCGAUAUUCAGAGGGUGAUGUGUUGGAUUUGCUCCAUCGUUUGGAUGUGGAGAAUUCCCCAGAUGUUGCAUUAUCUGCUCUUAAUGCCUUGUUCUCCGUGUCGCCAGUCAGUGAGCUGGUUCAGAACUGCAAAAACCUGGAUGAGAGAAAAUUGAUCCCAGUUGAGACCCUUACUCCAGAGAAUGUGCUCUACUGGCGAGCACUGUGUGAGCACCUAAAGUCCAAGGGUGAUGAAGGAGAAGCAGCACUAGAAAAUAUCUUGCCAGAGCCUGCUGUGUACGCCAGUUAUUUGUCAAGUUAUCUUCAGACCUUGCCGGUUCUGACAGAAGAACAAAGAGCGGAUAUGACUAAAAUUGAAGACUUGAUGACUAGAGAGUUUAUUGGGCAGCAGUUGAUUCUCACAAUAGGCUGCCUGGAUACCAGCGAGGAAGGAGGCAGGAAACGCCUCCUUGCUGUUCUGCAAGAGAUCCUUGUUAUACAGAACACCGCAACGUCUUUGAUUUCCUCCUUGGCAGAAUUGUUGCUCCGUAUUCUUAAAGAUGAUGACAAGCGAACUCAAACCGUUGCAGAAAUCAUCUCUGAGCUGCGAGAGCCAAUUGUCACCGUGGACAACCCAAGAGAUGUUGCUGAAUCCAGGAAGUUACAAUUGAAGCUUGCCGAUGUGAAAGUGCAGCUCAUUGAAGCCAAGCAGGCUCUGGAGGACAGCUUAACUAUGGAAGAUUACAGUCGGGCCUCUGAAUUAAAGGAGAAAGUGAAGGAGCUGGAAAGCCUGAAAGCUCAGCUGACUAAAGAAGCCGAGGAGCCAGAAAUUAAGGAGAUCCGUGUGGAGAAGAAUGACCCAGAAACACUCCUGAAAUGCCUGAUUAUGUGUAAUGAACUUCUCAAGCACCUGUCCCUUUCCAAAGGACUAGGGGGAACUAUAAACGAAAUUAUUGAAUCUCUGAUUCUUCCUGGCAUAACCAACGUUCACCCCUCUGUUCGGAAUAUGGCAGUGCUGAGCAUUGGCUGCUGUGCUCUGCAGAAUAAAGGCUUUGCAAGGCAACACCUCCCACUGUUAUUACAAAUUUCCCAGCUGGAUGAGGUGAAAGUCAAGAUCAGUGCCCUGAGCGCAGUGUUUGAUAUGCUUCUGCUCUUUGGCCUGGACAUUCUCAAAUCCAAGCCCUCCAAUCCUGAUGAUUCCCAGUGCAAAGCUCAGGAGAAUGCAGAUGAGGAGAUUUCUGAGGAGGAAAAGCCGGACACGGUAGAUGAGACGCUGACUAAUGAAGAAGUCAAAGAAGAAACUGCUACUGUUAAUGGCAUCCUGCAACUGUUCUCUCGCUUCUUGGACAGUGAGAUUCCAGAAAUAAGGACAGAGACAGCGGAAGGCUUGGCCAAGCUGAUGUUCUCUGGAAGGUUAAUAAGUGCCAAACUGCUCUCACGUUUGAUUUUGCUGUGGUACAAUCCCGUCACGGAGGAGGAUACAAAGCUUCGACAUUGCCUGGGUGUUUUCUUUCCCAUUUUUGCAUAUUCUUGCAGGUCAAACCAAGAAUGUUUUGAAGAAACUUUCUUCCCCACUUUACAGACUCUCUUUAAUGCCCCGUCGAGUUCUCCUUUAGCCGAUGUCGACGUUGCUAAUGUCGCAGAAUUGCUUGUGGAUCUUACCAGACCCAGUGGGUUGAACCCACAGAACAAACAGCCACAGGACUAUAAGGCUGCUACAGUGCACGAUAGCUUGGCUAUAAAAAUUUGCCAUGAAAUAUUGAAAGAUCCCAAAGCUCCAGAUGUUCGUAUCUACGCCAAAGCUUUGUGUUCUCUAGAGCUUUCCAGAGAAAAUGCGCAAGAGCUGCUGCCACUAUUGGAUUGUGCUGCGGAGGAUGUUACUGACAAGGUCUGUGAAAGAGCAAUAGAAAAAGUCAGGGCUCAGUUAAGAAGCGGUAGAGAAGAACACCAGGUAUCUAAGGAAACAGAACCUCAGGUAUCUAAGGAAACAGAACCCCAGGUGUCUAAGGAAACAGCAGACGGCACCAAUUUGCAAGAAAAUGAAGAAGGAAAACAAAAAGACGAGGCUCAGUGUGACGAGAACACAGACUUGGCAAAAGAGAAGGCAGCAAAAGGAAAACCUACUAAAGGGCGGAGAAAGGCUCCUACUGCAGCAAAUCGUAGGAAAGCCAGUAAAGCGGAAGAGGCAGACGGUGAAAGAGAGCGGCAGGAAGAGGCACAGGCUGUUGCCGUCAAUACGCGGCCAUCGAGGAGAGCAAAAACCGCAGCCAUGGAAAAAACAAAGAUGAAUCUCUCAAAGUUGCUGAAUGAGGAAGCAAAUUAAAAUGUCAUUAGUUGUGAUCUGUAGGCAGAAUUGCGCUGUAGCGUCACUUGUGCGUGAUGAUUGGUCUCCAUCUAUCCUGCGCCCUGGUACAUGGGCCCUUCAGCCUUGUCUGCUUGCUGAUUUGGACACUGGAUGCCCGGCACAGUGCUGGGUCAUUUUGUUUAUUCUGAACUCAUUACAGAUUUUCUCUGCUGUUUGUUACAGAUGUCGGCUCCCGGCUUUUACUGCUCUGAUUGGAUAUUGAGGUUUAGCUGAGGGGUUGGGGGAGGGGCAAUUGGUAUUUGAGAAGCUUAACAGCUUCCUUGUCCAUACAAAACCUAAUAAACAUUCUGGAAGUUUUUCUUACCCAAACCCGAUAAGGAAAUAAAUUUUGCAAAAAAGAAAAAAAAA